AUGCCUGUAACUCCCGCACGUCGUCAGGAAUUGCGCCUGCAAAGGCAACUCCAAACCAGAUAUAGAUUCCGCCCAAACGCUUUCAUAUUAUUUCGGCAGAACGUUUGGCAAGUAGUCAGGAUGAUUGAUCAAUUUGAUCAAGCCGAAAUAUCGGCCAUAGCUGCCCAGGUAUGGCAGACAAUGUCUGCAAAGGAGAAGGCAUUUUUCGAGGUCGAGACGGCAUUAACGGCAGAGAUUCAUAAUAGUAGGUCGUUAUUUGACCGCCCGCAAGACCUGGGACAAAGCCUGGAAAUGCGGACAGAAUGGGUCGGUGGGGUCUUUUUCCUAAUUAAAAUCUCUCCCAAAUAG